AAAGACUUGACAGUAGUCUGCAUGGAUCGACUUGGUUUUAAGGCGUUCAUCGACACGCAGGAGCUUGGAGAUGUAGAUCAGGUAUGAUGCUUGAAUAUAUGUAGGUAGCCUAAGGUAGGUAGGUAUUGAGUCUGGGCGAGUCUGGUUGAGGGUCUUGUCUUAGCCACAGUGCGCCACAUCCAGGAUAUUUGCCAAGCCACUACCUACCUCCCCCAUCUGGAUGAGCAUGAGCAGCACUUUUUUAUCUUAUCUACCGGUAGUCUACAACAAAUUCCAUGUUGAUUAACACCCACUCGAAGUUAUAGGACAUCUUCGUCGAUUGCCUUUUUCUUUACUAUCUCUAUCCAGAAUUAAUAGCUCCUAUAGCUACUCUUCCGACUCCGUAAUUUCUUAUGUUUACAGUCCGCAGUAGCCAUGGCCGGGCUCUCUACUCUCCCCUCUUCCUGAAUACCCAGCGAUACCUCUUCUCUUCCACAUGCCGCCGAUCAGCCGCCAGCACGACCGGUUCCUCUUCCAUUCUGGAAGCCCAUGGGCCAGUCGCCGAGGAACUGCAUGCCACCGGAGUAUGGACUUCUAAGCGCAAACAUCGCCCCAGAGAGUCGUCAUCACCUGCUAAGACGCCUGCGAAGACGCCUGCGAAGAAGCGCUCGUCCAAAGAAAAAGCACCUUCCCCACCUGAUGGCGACAAGGGGCGCGUAAAUAUCGUGGGCGAGAAGUUAUGCGACGAUAUACUGUCCUACAUUGGUUCCUCCCUUGAGCGCCACCGUGGUUGCGACAUACUCGACCUCUAUCCGGGCGCCGGCUUGUGGAGUAGGAAACUGCACCAGUUUCUGCAACCUCGAUCACAUGUCAUGCUGGAACCCGAUGCCGAGCUAUACCGACCCUUUCUCCAACCCCUACUUGACCAGCCCGGCACGACUCUACUUCCCAAGUCUGGUAUCAUCUGGCGCGAGCUUGGUUCGGCUCUAACACCCGAGUAUUUUCCUCACCAGACCAUCCCAGACGACCCAACCGCGCGCAACGAUACACUGCUGGUUAUCGCCAAUCUUUGCUUCCACCCUAAAAAGAAAUUCCUUCGGUUCGACUCUGUCGCCUCGCUGGUACUGCACCAAUUUGUCGACGCCAUUCGUCCUGGCGCUCUGUUCCACCGGUACGGUCUAGUUCGCAUGCUCAUAUGGACUCAUCCGGAUGACAAAGCAAGUUUCCUACCUAAAACUAUCCAGAAGCGGAGGCGACAAGCGAUCACGAAUGAUUUUGUAUGUGAAUGGGUGCGCGAAGUGUGCGGGAGCGACUCACUAGCGACCUCAUAUUACCUCCGUGAUGAUACUAUCGAGCAUGCCAGUAUGGUGGCGACAGUCAAAAGAAUGGAAGAAGCAAAAUUCAAGAUGCCCACUGGACGCGAGUCAAAGGACUUCAUAAAAGGGCAACAAGCAUUGGGGAAGUGGGUGCAUACUCCGGGAGUGAAGAUGCCGACAUUCAGAAGACGUUAUCAUAAUACUUUAGCCGACCUAAUGGCUGCUAAUGCGGAGCAAGGUGGUUUUGAUAAGGGAUCUGAUGAGCAACAAGACCUGCAAAGACAUGCGGCGAGAGCGCAGACAGACCUCCGGAAGGCCGAGAGACUACAUCACGUUUCGAGAGGCUUAGAUCGCAUUAUAGAACUCCGACGAUCCGGUGGUGCGACUCCCGAGUUGGCAACGCUUGAACAUGAAUGGCAGAUGCAAGUACGAGGAUUCGCUGGCACGUUCGGGGCUGAGUACAGAACGUACAGGGACAACCUGGACGCUUUUCGUCGAGACCCGCCGCUGCUUCAAUGGGACCGGCGGGUUUACGAGCCCAUGAUGGUAAAGCCAGAAGAAUUUUUCCCCAAUGUCCCCUGCGGUCUGUUAGACAUCCAGCCGCGUACACCUCAUCCCCUACAGCGGCAGACAGGGCCAGGCUCGAAUCGGUCAGCUGAGAUGUUCGACAUUAUAUUGGGAACGUUAAUGCACCAGCCUACCCACCCCCUCGGUCCCAAUUUAGAUGCCUUGUGGCCUGGUUCCGCAGACUACAUCAUGCCGCGUUGGAAGAGCAGUAGUGACUUGUCCCAGGGAGGCUUCCCGCUCCAUCUGCAUGGCGCCGAGCCUACGCCGCGAUCGUUGGACGCCCGGCAAUGGGAAGAGCUCUUCGAGCUUUGGAUGGAGUGGCCGUUCCGGCCCGACUUUUAUGAAUUAGUGGGACGGGCCCAUGACGACCUGAAUGAGAAGGAUGACGACAGCCCCAACUUGGAGUUCUAGCGCCCGGCUCCGAAAUCCGCAACCGUCGUCAUGUCUUUCGGAACACGUCAAAGCGCGAGCUCCCAUGGUGGAAACCCACUGAAUCCUCCUCAUAACUACUUUGGUACCUGUGUAUAGUAACAUAUGUAACUGUGCGAUAUUGAGUUAGCAUGUCGGCUUGAGGAUCUGGUUGCUCGUCAUGCAUAUAGACGUAGGAAUGUAAGGUUAUAGCCGGGCAAUGGCCGCAUUUUAUCCUGUACAAUAUCUAUAUUAAGCAAGGGGUUAUGGUUACCUACAGUACAUUUGGACAGGUGCAUUUUGGAGAGGGUGAAUUGGCAUGACGUAUGUACCCAGGAUGCGUUGACCUUGACCUGCCAGCGGCCAAUACCCGGGUCUGCCCGGGCUGGAGAGACUUGCAGAAUUUGGUGGCGUCGCAUUUGGAACAGACAUUACUUCGUAGGACUACCUAUGAGACAGUUCCUCCUAUUUCCCCUCGUUUCCCUUGUGUCUCUCCGAGGUAUGACCUCGUGUGGUAUUUGCACAACAUCAAUAAGGGGCAUUACGAAGUAGGAAUGUUGGCUAGGAAUAUGCAGACCAUUCUUUCCGUGUUGAAUGAUGUGUCCGUAUUGUUUGUCUAGGAGCCCGAGUAUAUACUGAGUAAGACUGCUUGCUCUAUUUGUACAAACUUAUAAAUGAAAUGCAUGAUGUUGCUGAUUCCAGCCCAUCUUACAUGAA